GUCUCCCGCCUCCGCGCCCGCCAGUCCACUCGUCACUCGCAGUGUCAGCGCACACGCGCAGCGCUCCGUUACAACUAGUGAAGUAAAGUGCAUCCAAUAUGGUGAAGUUCGAAGGAGACUUUAGUAUUAACGCUAUAUUAAUGAACCACGCGGUGACCAAGCCGCCUCCCUCACCGACCACCUCGUCUACGGCGACUCCCUCGGAGGCCGACCUCAGUGACUCGGAGCUAGACGUCACGGGCACCGGCUCCGAGCCCGUCGACUGCUCUAAGCCCAGGAUGGAGGACGACAAGAAGGACAAGAAGCAUGAGAAACCGGCCUACAGCUACAACGCUCUAAUCAUGAUGGCCAUACGGAAUAGUCCUGAGAAACGCCUCACGCUCAACGGCAUCUACGAGUACAUCAUGACAAACUUCCCCUACUACAAGGAGAACCGACAGGGCUGGCAGAACUCCAUCCGUCACAAUUUGAGUCUGAACAAGUGUUUUGUGAAAGUGCCGCGACACUACGACGACCCCGGUAAGGGUAACUACUGGAUGUUGGACGCCUCGGCUGAAGAUGUCUUCAUCGGUGGAACCACAGGCAAGCUUCGCCGGCGCUCGGCUCUCAACGGCAGAUCCCGUCUCGCGUGUUUCAAGCGGCCGCUAUUCCCCGGCGCCCCGCUCGCCGGUCCAUACCCUCCUGCAACAUACUCUCAGCUAGUCGGCCUCUACUCACAGCUGCUGUACCAGAGGUAUGCGCCGAUGCAGAUGAAGACUCCUCCGGUGACACCCGGUCCAGUUCAUCCGGCGUUCAGAAACGAGAUGGCCUACACCAGUCUCCCGUACUCACCUCUGUACGGUGACCGCCUUCCCUCAGGUCCUUUCUGCCAGCCCCUGGUCCACUCUCCCCCGACACACUCACCACCCACAUCCGGAUCCUCCAGCCCCGAACUGACGUCGCCCUCGCCCUCCCAUCACCCUCUCUCGCCUCACAUCUUCAAGCCCGUAACUGUUCUCACACGACAGUGACCUGUGACUCUUCGAGAGUGAACAUUUAUCUGUGAUGUAGUAUUAGAUCAGUGUCCCGAAGUCCAAGCCAAGCCAAGCCAAGCCCAGUGUCGGAGCGCAAUCUCUGUUGUGGGACACAUUCCGAUAUUGUUUUUUUAUUAAUAUUCUAUUGUUGUAAAUAAUUCCAAAGUGUAUAUUUAUUGAUUAGGUUUAAUAUAGAUUAAGGUAAAGAAUAAACUAAAAUAUUUCUCAUUUA